AUGGAAGAAGAUAACCACGAAAAACAACUUGACGAUGGAGGAUCUUCAUCUCUCUUUAAGACUUGUUUCAACGCGCUUAAUGCUUUUUCAGGCAUUGGAAUAUUAUCAGUACCAUAUUCACUAGCUCGUGGAGGAUGGUUGAGUUUAUCACUUCUCUUACUCCUAGCCGCAACCGCCUUCUACACAUCUUUACUCAUAACAAAAUGCAUGAACGCGGAUCGCACCAUCAAAACGUACCCGGACAUUGGAGAGCGUGCGUUUGGUAGACCGGGAAGAAUCGUUGUGUCAGUCUUCAUGCACCUAGAACUCUACCUAGUCACUACAGGUUUCUUGAUCGUGGAAGGAGACAACCUUCACAAUCUUUUCCCAAGGUUUAACAUCAAAAUGAUCGGUUUGAGAUUGAACGGGAAACAGUCUUUCAUGGCCUCAGUGGCUCUUGUCAUCAUGCCAACUCUUUGGUGGGAUAAUCUAAGUGUUUUGUCUUAUGUUUCCAUGAGUGGUGUUUUAGCUACGGUGGUGACUCUUGGAUCAAUUUCUUGGGUUGGAGCUGUUGAUGGAAUCGGGUUUCGUCAAAGUGGAAAGCUGAUUAACUGGAGUGGUAUCCCUACGGCUAUGAGUUUGUAUGCUUUUUGCUAUGGUGCACAUCCGGUGUUGCCUACUUUGUACUCUUCAAUGAAAAGAAAACAUCAGUUCAACAAUGUUCUACUUAUAAGUUUUAUAUUAUGCACCAUAGGUUACACAUCUAUGGCGGUUUUGGGCUACUUAAUGUAUGGAUCAAACACUCUAUCGCAAAUAACAUUGAAUCUUCCGACUCAUAAGACGAGCGCAAAGGUGGCGAUAUACACAACACUCGUAAACCCCAUAGCCAAAUACGCAUUGAUGAUCACACCAACCGUGAACAUCAUCAAAAAUUGGUUUCCAGCGCGUUACGCCAAGAAAACAUACUUACAUCUCUUGAUAAGUACGUUAUGUAUAGCUAGCAGUGUGGUCAUCGCUGAGACACUUCCGUUCUUCGGUUAUAUGAUGUCACUGGUUGGAGCAUUACUGAGCGUGACGGUCUCUAUUCUUCUCCCUUGCUUAUGUUACUUGAAGAUCUCUGGAAGUUUUAAGAAGUUUGGGUUUGAGACUAUAAUUUUGUUUGGUAUGGUGGCGAUGAGUGUUCCUAUUGGAGUUUUAGGUACUUACAUUGCAAUUCGAGAGUUAGUUGUUAGUGUUUGA